AUGGUGGACUGUUCGGCACAGAGCUCACACGCAGCUGACUAUAGCCUGGGGACCUACAAACCUGUGUCGUGGCAACCAACGGAACGAUUUGUCGAUUUCGUCAAACUUUCACUUGGACUCGGCGUCAAACUAGAAAAUGAAGGGAUGGGAAUGGCCAUUAAUAAAGACUUCAAGGCUUCUCUGAAAGCAUGGAAGCUCAGGAAAAGGCUGGGUAUCAAGUUUCAGCCAACGAACGAUCUCACGAAGCAUCUUCUCCUUGACCGUCGGCGGAACGUGCUCUUCAUAUUCCACCAUGUCAAAUUCUUGAAAACGCAAGCGGGGUUGUACUUGCCAAUUCAGAAAAGCCUUGGGUUGACCAUCGAUGAGAGCCUCAAAAAAGGAACACUCCCGCCCCAGUUGCUUGCCGAGACGCUGCACUCUAUCCAGGCCGUACUUUUCCCACCACAUAACAAGAAAGCAGCGAGAAUCCUCAAGAAGCUUAUUGCCAACCAUGAUACCCCAUUCGAUCCAGAGUGCGCACGCUACGACGGCGAAACGCUGCCAAAAGACUUUCGCUACAUUUACUGGGCUAAAAGAAUCGCUGACUUACACGGCCUUCUGGAGAAAUGGCCGCCCAGAAACAGUAUAGAACGUUGGCUUCAAUGGCAAAGCAGUGAGGGAAACGCGUUACUUGUUGCGUUUAUUGCCCUGUUGAUCUCUAUCAUUAUUGGCAUAAUCAGCAUUGGUCUUUCGGCGGUGCAGAUCUGGAUCAGCUGGAUGGCUUGGAAACACCCAGUUGAGUCUUGA